AUGACCCUACAAUCCAGCUUGGCCCAACCACCUGCCCUGCUUGCCAUGCGGGACUGCCACCCACCCAAGCUCCUCAAGCCCGCGGCAUCCUUCCUUCUGGACAUCGUGGUUUUUGGGCGGGCAUGUGCCACACACAUCUCAGCAAACAUGGAGCCAGGCAAGCUGCACAAGAAAAUGCCGGAGGAUACAGGAAUGAAGUUGAUCAAGGACCUCAACAAGCUCAGGAACGCUAGCGGCUCUAACCCCACCGCGCAGAUCUGUCGCAAGAUGCAGAGAGUCAUGCAGAACAACGCCGCCGUCUUCCAUACCCAAUCGAGCUUUGAAGAGGGUGUCAAGAAUAUCCACAAGGAUGUCGCAGUGACUGAUCAAACCAUGAUCUUGAGCACUGAUUUGGUCCAGAAUUUGGAGUCCAAAACCUGUUGA